GCGACUUUAUUCGUUUAAUUGGGACGGGACCUUGGUUGAAAUCGAAAGAGCAUUUAAAAUAAAAGUUUGUUUAGAGAUACCGGUACUUGAGUUGAACUAAAACCAAAAGACAAACCAAGAGUGAAAAUGGCGGAUGAGGCUUCUGCUCCCGAUAGAGAGGAGGAGGUCGAAGCAAUGGGAGAUACAACGGAUGCGAAGCCGGACAGAAAAGGAAGGUUCUCUCUGUUUGGAAAUAAGAAGAAAAAGGAUGGCCAGGGUCUGGAGCAGGACCCCUCUUCUGAAAGUCAUAACAGAGUUGUUUCACCGGCCUUCCAGUAUAAGAUGAACUACAAGAGGCUUGGGAAGUGCAUCAUUAUCAACAACAAAAACUUUCAUGUGCAAACAGGCAUGACAGUACGGAACGGCACAGACAGGGAUGCUGGAGAACUGUUUAAGUGUUUUAAAACUUUGGGCUUUGAAGUUUGUAUUUACAACGACCAGACGUGUCAAAACAUGGGGACACUGCUUAGAGACGCCUCGGAGGAAGACCACAGUGACAGUUCAUGCUUUGCCUGCAUCCUUUUAAGCCACGGCGAGGAAGGCAUGAUCUAUGGCACGGACGGAGCAAUGCCAAUCAAGACUAUGACCUCCCUGUUCAGAGGAGACAUGUGCAAGAGUCUUGUGGGCAAACCCAAACUCUUCUUCAUUCAGGCAUGCAGGGGCUCUGAAUUUGAUAAUGGGAUGCAGACUGAUUCCGGACCUUCAAAUGAAUCCUUGGAAACAGAUGCCAACCCUCGUCACAAAAUUCCAGUUGAAGCCGACUUUCUUUUUGCAUAUUCCACAGUGCCAGGCUACUACUCCUGGAGGAACCCGGGGCAGGGAUCCUGGUUUGUCCAGGCACUGUGCAACGUCUUGAGUGAAUACGGGAACCAGCUGGAGAUCCUGCAGAUUCUAACCAGAGUCAACUACAUGGUGGCUACCAGCUUCGAGUCGUGGUCUGAAGACCCUCGCUUCAGUGAGAAGAAGCAGAUACCCUGUGUGGUGUCCAUGCUGACGAAAGAACUCUACUUUAACUAAUGUUGAAGUUGACCACUAGUUGGUCGCACAUUCAGGGAGAUUAUAAUACAGCUCAACUUAUUCAGUUGCACUUAACGUGCAAAACAAUCAUACUUGUCUGUAAAGGUUGUCCUUGAAACUUGUCACAUUGACCUUUGCAGACGGGUAGCGUUUAAUAUCCAUGUUAUUCUACAGGAAACACAUAAAUGUUUGGUCCUGGGGAAACAACAGUGUUAUGCCACUGCUAUGGCCAUGCUAUCGUCUACAGAUACAUAUUACUUACAGGCACCUGCAAUCAUUUCUGAUUUAAAUCAAGCCUAUAUAAUCAUUUCCCAGUUAAAUGGGACUGAGACAGUUUAAGCAUCCAUUAACAGGAGCCUACAUGUUUCUGUAAUUGAAACAGUUAACUUCCUGUCGUAUUUCAGAAACCGUUCACGAUACAAUAUUGAUAUAUACUUCUUCGUGCAUGAAUUACCACUUCCCACAAUUCCCUGGUGGGCGAGUAAGAGGGGAUGAAUUAGGGCAGAAUAAACGGUGAAUUUGGUGGGAUGGGAGGGAGGGGAAAGGGGAGCCUAAAUGUUCUUAGAUCAUGAGGAAUUAAAAGGAAUUACUUUAUUAUUUCAGCUGCCGAACCUUCCAGCAAGUAAAAAUGUAAUUCUCACUGCCGUUUCAUUCAAAGCUCAAGGGUUUAUAAAGUUCUGGUGUGCUGUAAUUACUGACCCACACACUACUCAAAGCACACCAUAACAAUGAGAGAUACAUUUUAUAAAGUUCUGGUGUGCUGUAAUUACUGACCCACACACUACUCCUCACAGCACACCAUAACAAUGAGAGAUACAUUUUAUAAAGUUCUGGUGUGCUGUAAUUACUGACCCACACACUACUCAAAGCACACCAUAACAAUGAGAGAUACAUUUUAUAAAGUUCUGGUGUGCUGUAAUUACUGACCCACACACUACUCCUCACAGCACACCAUAACAAUGAGAGAUACAUUUUAUAAAGUUCUGGUGUGCUGUAAUUACUGACCCACACACUACUCCUCACAGCACACCAUAACAAUGAGAGAUACAUUUUUUAGCAUCAGUGUAUUUUAUUUCAGGAGUAGCGAGUAGCCAUUUGUUUUCAGUACAGUAACUUUCCUUAGUUAAUUCCUAGUGCCAUGUUUAAUUAUUUAUGCCUCGGUUUCUGUUGACUCGGUUCAUGAACACCGAUAUUUACAAUAUUGCACAAUAUUCAGUCUUAACCCAUAACAUUUUGUUCUGUUUUCAGUCACGAUCAGUAUAUUUACAAUCAUAAUAAUAAACUUUGAAGGUUGAACUGUCAAUUUUUUAAGUGGUAUUUGUUUAAAAUUUGUUCCGGUUUAAAAAAAAAACAAAAAACAAAUAUGUAUUCAAUAAACCGUCAAAAACAAGCCCACUUGAAUUCGAGUUUAGCAGCCUGUAAAACACAAACCUUGUGCAGAGUCCUGGACAAAAGUUUUUUAUCACCCUCUAGAAUUAACUCAUUUUGCUUCAUAAAGUCAAAUGGACCAUGCUGAAUAAUCUAUAAUGUUACAUUAAAAUAUUGAAUUACAUACCGCUUUGUGGUUUUACAUAAAAAUAACAAAGAGAAACUGUUGAGGGUCAGCACUGGUAGUGACCCAACAGUUCAUACUUCAAUUCUUCAGCCAACCCAACUCUCAUAAAUAUUGUUCCUUUUAUGUAUAUUUCAAACCAAAACCAAUUGAAACAAGGAAAUGGAAUAAUCCCAGGCAUUUCACGGAAAUGGAAAGGUGGCAAAACUGAAUGAGUCCCUUGGGUACUGCCAACGUUGCUUGCGUAUUCAAAUUGUGUUUAAUUUUAUUUCAGACAGCUUACAGAGAUAUUUGUUUUUAAUUUUUGAAGACUAUUAGGAGGACAGAAGUGUAUUAAAUAAAAUAAGUUCUCCAAGACUAUAAUAAUCAGAUAUAGAGUUCUUUUAAUUGAUAAACUAUGAUUGCAGUAAGUGCUUUACACAAUGUUAAGUCCAAUAUUAACUUGUAUGUACAAAGUCUGCAGUGCUAAUUUCACUUUGACUUGAGUUACAGACUGUGAAAUGUAACUUGUGAAUACCCAAAUUGUUUUUAAAUAAAUACAAAUGAUUACCUCA